UGUUUUGUCUCUAUAUGCACAUGGCAGCUACACUGAGAUUUAACAGUCUUUAAUUUUUGCAGUUUCUGCAGUUGCAUAGCUUAUUUUACAAAUUAUAUUAGAAUAGUAAAUAUCAAAUUAUUUUCUUUUGCAAAGAUAAAGUGUGUAAAUUCUCUCUUAGUAUUGUUAUUUUCUGACAGUUAUUCUUUCUUGAAAUUACACUAAGGUAAACUGAAAAUACACAUUUUAUCCAAUGCAGAAUUGGUUUACACAACUGGAAUAACUAUCAAAUGUGCACAUAGUAAAACACCUUGAAAACACCUUAAAAAAUAAACUUUUCGUUUUCUCUACAGCUAAAUUAACUUCUACCUAGUAAGAAAAAUGCUUCCUCAUUGGGCAUGCCUAUUAAAUACAAUUUCAAAGGUUAUCAGGCUAGAGCUUCAGUACGUUUACCUGAACUCAUCUGUAAGAAAGCUAUGUUUGUAGCCUGUACUUUGCAAUAAUUUAAUGUCUGCGUGAAUUCUUAUAUGUAUUCAUUUUUGCCAAAAUCAGUCAGUGGAUAGAAUAUUUCUGUUUCUUUUUCUCCAUGGUAUACAUCUUGGUCUCUGUCCCUAUUAUUUCUCUCCAAAAUUAUUGCACUAGCUUUCUAAUGAAUCUCCCCAUUUCUUCUCUUUCCUUGAGUGUGUUGAAAACAGCAGCUAGAAUAGUAAUUUUAAAUCAAAAGUCGUAAAACUUCACACCUUUGCCAAAGACUCUCCAGAGGCUCCCCAGCUCUCUCAGGAUUAUAGGCAUAGACCAUAAAAAAAAAAAGGCUCUACAGUCUGUAUCCCCCUCUUUAGCCUUCCCAAUUAAUUUCCUAAGAGUCCCUCCCUUAUUUAUCCUACUUCUUAUUGCUACUUAGCACACCAGUUACACAUGGGCCUUAGGGAUUUUUGUUCUUUCCAUAUGGGAUGCAAUCCCUGAGAUACUUGCGUAGCUUCCCUACUCACCACUCCUCUCAGGUCUUAACUUACAUGCCUUCUUCUCAGACAGUCAGAGGCCAUCUUUUACAGUCAAGUAAUAAAUUGCAGCUCCCCCAAAUCCCAGUUUCUCUUUCUUUUUUUUUUGAGACGGAGUCUUGCUCUGUCACCCAGGCUGGAGUGCGGUGGCCUGAUCUUGGCUCACUGCAACCUCUGCCUCCCAGGUUUAAGCAACUCUCCUGCCACAGCCUCCCGAGUAGCUGGGACUACAGGUGUGCUCCACUCUGCCUGGCUGAUUUUUGUAUUUUUAGUAGAGCCAAGGUUUCACCAUGUUGGCCAGGCUGAUCUCAAACUCUUGACUUCAGGUGAUCCGCCUCGGCCUCCCGAAAUGCUGGGAUUACAGGUGUGAGCCACCUCGCCCGGCCCCAGUCCCUCUUUCUUGCUUUGUUUUACUUCAUAAUAUUUAUUAUCAUCUAGCAUACUAUAUCUUUUACUAAUUUUUUUCUUGUCUUUCUCUGCCCACAAGACUAGAAACUCAGUGAGAAGGUCACAUUAUCUCCAGUAAAACCAUGCCUAACACAAAAUAAAUGUUUAAUUAAUAUUUGUUGAAUGAAUAAAUUUUCUUUCAGAAAUAAUUUUUUUAUAUAAAAUGUAACAUUUUCCCCUAUAUACAUGACCUAGGAGUACGGCUGUUGUGAUUAGCAUACAUUUUGCCUGUUCAAGGACUAUGAUGGAAUUGAGCUAUUGAUGUUAGGAUUAAUUUACCCAAGAACCUACUAUUCCAACCAUGCAUCAGUUAUAUCAGUCAACACAGUUUUAUUCUAAAUCUAAUACUUGCAAGGUACUAUGAAGUACGCACAAUGCCUACCUCAAAGAUGUUAUAUUAAAAAUGAGAGGAGCCAACGAAGGAUUCUAGGGACUAAAUGGUGCUUUGAAAGAUGGGUAGAGUUUGGAUUGGUGGUGGGAGAGAGAGAACACCCAGCAAGAGGAAUGGCAGAGGUGGAGACGCAGAGCUAUAUUUGGUAGACUGUGAACAGACUCACCUGCCUAGAGCAGUGUAUUCACAUUGGGAUUAUUAGAGUAAAGUGUGGACAAGAGGUAUAAUGCAGAGGUCUUAAUGUGUCAGGCUGGGGAAUGUACUUAGUAUUCUGUCUCUCAUGUGUCUCAAACCAGGGUCCUCAUUCACCUGUUGGUACUUGGUGACAAGGAUAAAAAGCUUUUCCCUACUCUGCUAGUUUUACUUCAAAUAAUGAAGGGAAACUUAUAAUUAAUUGAUAAGUCAUGUUAAAUAUCUCUGUAGCAACUUAAAUAGGAAAUAUGAUGCUAAAUUUUCUUGAAUUCUUAAAAUAAGAGAUUUCCAAAUAAUUUGAAGUUAUUACUGCUCUUUUGAGAUUGUUUUCAAACUCUGACAAUCGCUGAUCAUUCUCUCUGCCUUUGGAAUUCUUGAGAGAAAAAGUGUGGUUAUCACAUAAGUAUUAGGGAGUCAUUACAGGUUGAUGCAUAGAGGAAGAGAGAGCCACGUUUCUAAUAACAUUCAUACCUGAAAUAAUUCCAUUACCAUUCUUUAAUAGUUUCAUUCUGACUUCAUUGUAGCAACCCUUACUUUAUUCUUCUUAAGUUUUUAAGGCCAAAUCAUGGUUUCAUAAUAAAAAAAAAAAACCUCAUGUUCUAGAAAGCAAAAAAAUUAAAGGAAAGGUUUAUUAGAGGCAUUAAGUAAAAGGCAAAUGCAUUUCUUGUUCAUUAAGUUUCUUAUCUUUCUUUCAAUGGAAGUAACUCUGCAUGAUUUUCUUUAUUGGUCUUAUUUAAGAAAGAAAAGAAUGAAAUUCAGUUUCUUAAUACAAGCACGAUGGCCUGUUAAUUAACAUAAGAAACUCCGUCUCACAUAUUUACUUAGUAAUCUAGGGAAGAUCAGACGUAUUUUUGAAAAGGAGUUUUUAAAAUAAUUUCAAACUUUUUAAAACUCUACAAGUCUGUGAUUUGUGUUGUUAAUAAGAGAAAAAUGUAUCACAAAAUGCUGUGAAAAAUCAAAAUUACAACUAAAAUCUAGAUCCUUGCAUUGGGCACACAUAUAGUCUGGUGGGUAGGGAAGAUAUUUACAUAAAUAAUACCUUAGAAAUCCUUGAAAGCUUCUAACAUAUUAAUAAAAUAACAGACUCUUAGAGUUAGAAUCUCCCACACAAGAUAGAAACUCUCUGAAAUGGUCUUUCAUAUGGUGGUUAUAAAAUUUGUAUAUGGAACACUUGCUAGAUUUGCAGGCAAAUAAUUCCAUUUUAUUAAACUUUUGUUCCUCACAAUGAUGUGAUUAAAAAAAUAAUGUGCACCUCUUGGUCCUACUUUUAACUUGUACGUAGAAUUAGAUGUAACAUUCUAAGCUCAACGCUGUGUUCUACAUGCUACCCAUUAAAAUACGAGAAGACACCUGUACCAUUCCUACUAAGUAUUUUCCGGAUUAAACAUUGUCUAGUCUCUCAAUAGUCAUUCAUGGCAAAGUUUUUUGAUGUUUCACUGUAGUGAUCAUCUUUUGUUGAAUAUGUUCGUGCUGAAUAACAUCUGCCCUAAAAAGCAGUCCAGUGUAUGUAUGGUGGAGCUAUUGCUACAACUUGACCUUGACACUAAUUCUUCCAUUUCUAUAGCAUAUGGAAGAAUUAGGUAAUUUAUUUUCUUUUGCUUUGUUUGUUUAUUUUUCUUAUGUUUUAAUCUGUGCAUUAAGUGGUUUUUAUACAUUCAUAUUCUUACAAUGUUUAGGAAUGUGCUGUUAUUACUGUUUAUGUAAGACUUGGGGCAUAAUAUUUAUAUUCCUUACUAACUUAUAGACCAUUAUGUUUUACUAAGACUUGUUCUGUAAGCAAGUCUAAUUAAAAUUUUUAUUUUUUCUUUAUUCAGUAUGUUUUCACCAUUUCUGCUAUUUUAGAAAGAUGUUUACAAGAUUACAUUUUGUUUAUUUAUUUCAGUGUUUUCACUUUAAAGAGUUCUGUGAGUCAGAAGUCAUUUUGACUGCCCUCAAUAAAAUUAGUAAUGCAAUUGGUCAUUUUCUCUUUACAGAUUGUUCAGUUCAAGGGAAUGAAGAAUUCAGAAUAAUUUUGGUAAAUGGAUUCCAAUAUGGGGAAUAAGAAUAAGCUGAACAGUUGACCUGCUUUGAAGAAACAUACUGUCCAUUUGUCUAAAAUAAUCUAUAACAACCAAACCAAUCAAAAUGAAUUCAACAUUAUUUUCCCAGGUUGAAAAUCAUUCAGUCCACUCUAAUUUCUCAGAGAAGAAUGCCCAGCUUCUGGCUUUUGAAAAUGAUGAUUGCCAUCUGCCCUUGGCCAUGAUAUUUACCUUAGCUCUUGCUUAUGGAGCUGUGAUCAUUCUUGGUGUCUCUGGAAACCUGGCCUUGAUCAUAAUCAUCUUGAAACAAAAGGAGAUGAGAAAUGUUACCAACAUCCUGAUUGUGAACCUUUCCUUCUCAGACUUGCUUGUUGCCAUCAUGUGUCUCCCCUUUACAUUUGUCUACACAUUAAUGGACCACUGGGUCUUUGGUGAGGCGAUGUGUAAGUUGAAUCCUUUUGUGCAAUGUGUUUCAAUCACUGUGUCCAUUUUCUCUCUGGUUCUCAUUGCUGUGGAACGACAUCAGCUGAUAAUCAACCCUCGAGGGUGGAGACCAAAUAAUAGACAUGCUUACGUAGGUAUUGCUGUGAUUUGGGUCCUUGCUGUGGCUUCUUCUUUGCCUUUCCUGAUCUACCAAGUAAUGACUGAUGAGCCGUUCCAAAAUGUAACACUUGAUGCGUACAAAGACAAAUACGUGUGCUUUGAUCAAUUUCCAUCAGACUCUCAUAGGUUGUCUUAUACCACUCUCCUCUUGGUGCUGCAGUAUUUUGGUCCACUUUGUUUUAUAUUUAUUUGCUACUUCAAGAUAUAUAUACGCCUAAAAAGGAGAAACAACAUGAUGGACAAGAUGAGAGACAAUAAGUACAGGUCCAGUGAAACCAAAAGAAUCAAUAUCAUGCUGCUCUCCAUUGUGGUAGCGUUUGCCGUCUGCUGGCUCCCUCUUACCAUCUUUAACACUGUGUUUGAUUGGAAUCAUCAGAUCAUUGCUACCUGCAACCACAAUCUGUUAUUCCUGCUCUGCCACCUCACAGCAAUGAUAUCCACUUGUGUCAACCCCAUAUUUUAUGGGUUCCUGAACAAAAACUUCCAGAGAGACUUGCAGUUCUUCUUCAACUUUUGUGAUUUCCGGUCUCGGGAUGAUGAUUAUGAAACAAUAGCCAUGUCCACCAUGCACACAGAUGUUUCCAAAACUUCUUUGAAGCAAGCAAGCCCAGUCGCAUUUAAAAAAAUCAACAAUGAUGAUAAUGAAAAAAUCUGAAACUACUUAUAGCCUAUGGUCCCGGAUGACAUCUGUUUAAAAACAAGCACAACCUGCAACAUACUUUGAUUACCUGUUCUCUCAACGAAUGGGGUUGAAAUCAUUUGAAAAUGACCAAGAUUUUCUUGUCUUGCUUUUUACUGCUUUUGUUGUAGUUGUCAUAAUUACAUUUGGAACAAAAGGUGUGGGCUUUGGGGUCUUCUGGAAAUAGUUUUGACCAGACAUCUUUGAAGUGCUUUUUGUGAAUUUAUGCAUAUAAUAUAAAGACUUUUAUAGUGUACUUAUUGGAAUGAAAUUUCUUUAAAGUAUUACUAUUAACUGACUUCAGAAGUACUUGCCAUCCAAUACGGUCAUUAGAUUGGGUCAUCUUGAUUAGAUUAGAUUAGAUUAGAUUGUCAACAGAUUGGGCCACCCUUAUUUUAUGAUAGGCAUCAUUUUAGUGUGUUACAAUAGUAACAGUAUGCAAAAGCAGCAUUCAGGAGCCGAAAGAUAGUCUGAAGUCAUUCAGAAGUGGUUUGAGGUUUCUGUUUUUUGGUGGUUUUUGUUUUUUUUUUUUUUUUCACCUUAAGGGAGGAUUUAAUUUGCUCCCAACUGAUUGUCACUUAAAUGAAAAUUUAAAAAUGAAUAAAAAGACAUACUUCUCAGCUGCAAAUAUUAUGGAGAAUUGGGGCACCCACAGGAAUGAAGAGACAAAGCAGCUCCCUAACUUCAAAACCAUUUUGGUACCUGACAACAAGAGCAUUUCAGAGUAAUUAAUUUAAUAAAGUAAAUUAGUAUUGCUGCAAAUAGUUAAAUUAUAUUUAUUUGAAUUGAUGGUCAAGAGAUUUUCCAUUUUUUUUACAGACUGUUCAGUGUUUGUCAAGCUUUCUGGCAUAAAUAUGUACUCAAAAGGCAUUUCCGCUUACAAUUUGUAGAAACACAAAAUGCGUUUUCCAUACAGCAGUGCCUAUAUAGUGACUGAUUUUUAACUUUCAAUGUCCAUCUUUCAAAGGAAGUAACACCAAGGUACAAUGUUAAAGGAAUAUUCACUUUACCUAGCAGGGAAAAAUACACAAAAACUGCAAAUACUUCAUAUAGCCCAUUUUAACUUGUAUAAACUGUGUGACUUGUGGCGUCUUAUAAAUAAUGCACUGUAAAGAUUACUGAAUAGUUGUGUCAUGUUAAUGUGCCUAAUUUCAUGUAUCUUGUAAUCAUGAUUGAGCCUCAGAAUCAUUUGGAGAAACUAUAUUUUAAAGAACAAGACAUACUUCAAUGUAUUAUACAGAUAAAGUAUUACAUGUGUUUGAUUUUAAAAGGGCGGACAUUUUAUUAAAAUCAAUAUUGUUUUUGCUUUU